AAUUAUAAUGUGACGUUCUUCGGAAAUGGUUCUCCAAAUGGCAGUUUUUAAAUUCUUAUGAAGUGUUUUGAUUGUAGCAAUCUCUUAAUAAAGCAGUGGUAACCAAGCCUGUUCCUGAAGAUCUCCUGUGCCGUAGGUUUACAGAACUAACAAAUCGCACCACAUUCAACAGCUAGAGAUCUGCAUUGAGCUGCUAAUUAGAAUCAGGUGCGCCAAAUUACGGUUGAAAUUUAAACCUGCAGGGUCUCCUGGAACACGGUUAGUUACCACUAUAAUAAGGGGUAGAAGGAAAGUACACUAUGUACCGUUUCAAACAUUCUAGUAAUUAUAAGUGUGGGAAUUUUUAUGUAACUAACACGAGAUGGCUAACAUUGUCAACAGCCGGUUAUGAAUGCCAUUAUUGCCACUGAUACCGUUCUGGUAACUAAAGUCGCUAAUGGUUAUGAUGGUAUGUAUACUGUAAUACAGUCAGUGUGCGCACCUAUAGCUAGCUGCAAAUAGACUAGAGCAGUGUGGGGACUACUUUUCCUAAUUUCAGAUAUUUAAACAUGCCUUUAGGCGUCUAAUGGAUAGCGGCAAGGAAGCGCCAGAACAGGCAGGGAAGGCGGCCGCGCAUGGAGCAGACAAGCGGCAGCGACUCUGAAACCAACGGAAUCGGCCGUAGGAUCAGAGCAAAACCUGCUCGUCAACGCCAGUGGUUGGCACGGUGCUGCAGUCGCCUCUGGAGUGGAGUCUGAAGCUGUCAGUCGGUGAAGAACAUCUGGCGAUGUGACGCCGCUGGCUGAAGGAUGGAGGGAACGAAGCGCGUUUCACUGACAGCAGACCACAGUAUGGCAGUUUGGUGAGGUACAAAGCGAGGGGCGAACGGCACAAGAAGACGACGUCUCAACAGUAAGAAGCUGAUGCAACCGCAGGUGACGCCCCUCUGCGCGGCUCAAAAUGAACGGAUAUGUCCCGCCCACGUACCCCUCUGGGGGGUUCGGGUCUUACCCCUCCCAGCUGAAUGGACACGGUUCACAGUCUCCCGAGCUUCCAGACAACAAACCGACCACAAAUUCCAGUGCUAAAGCUUUGUACGAGCAAAGGAAGAACUACGCCAAGAACAGCAUCAGCAGCAUGAGCGACACGUCCCAGUACCGCGUGGAGCACCUGACCACCUUCGUGAUGGACCGGAAGGAGGCCGUGAUCACCAUCGAGGACGGCCUCCGCAAGCUCCGCCUCCUGGACGCCAAGGGCAAGGUGUGGACGCAGGACAUGCUGCUGCAGGUGGACGAGCGCGCCGUCUGCCUCGUCGACGCAGAGACCAAGAACGAGCUGGAGAACUUCCCUCUGAACACCAUCCAGCACUGCCAGGCGGUGAUGAACGCCUGCAGCUACGACUCCAUCCUGGCGCUGGUGUGCAAGGAGUCCGGCCAGGGGAAGCCCGACCUGCACCUCUUCCAGUGCGACGAGGUCAAGGCAAACUUGAUCCACACAGAUAUUGACAGUGCCAUCAGCGACCACAAAGGCGGGAAGGUGAAGAAGCGUCCGGAAGCACUGCGGAUGAUCCUGAAGAGUGACGGGGUCAUCCCCCCGCCCCCCUCGGCCCCCGCCCCCGCCCCCCCGGCCACUCUGGCUCCGGUGGACGUCAAGAGCCGCGUGGCGGCCUGGUCCGCCUGGGCAGCCAGCGAGCAUCCGGACUACGACAGCCCCGGUCCCUAUUCCGCGCAUGACGAGCCCCCGGAGAUGAUGGUGGCCAGGGUGGACCGUGAUGUGCAAAUCCUGAACCACAUCCUUGACGAUAUCGAAUAUUUUGUCACCAAGCUUCAGAAAGCUGCCGAGGCAUUUAACGAGCUUUCAAAGAGGAAGAAAACAAAGAAGAGCAAGAAGAAGGGACCGGGAGAGGGCGUACUGACUCUGAGAUCCAAGCCACCCACUCAGGAGGAGUUUGUCGAUUGUUUCCAGAAGUUCAAGCACGCUUUCAACUUACUGGGGAAGCUGAGGGCCCACAUUCAGAACCCCAGCGCUGUGGAUCUGGUCCACUUCCUGUUCACUCCGCUGAACAUGGUGGUUCAGACCUCCGGGGGGGUCGACCUGGCCAAGAGCGUCCUCAGCCCCCUGCUCACCCGAGAGGCCAUCGACUUCCUGCACUCCACCGGCACCGCCGAGGAGAGGCACCUGUGGGUGUCGCUCGGCGACGGCUGGACCAAGUGCAGGCUGGAGUGGCCGAAGGACCAGCACUUCCCCCCGUACUCCCCGCGCUUCCGGGACGGCUGGGAGCCGCCAGUGCUGGCCUACAUGGGCCACCCCCGGGAGCCGGAGCUGACGCAGCUGGCCCAGUCGCUGGCCCACGUCGAGGUGCUGCGCCAGGAGGAGGCCGCGCACAGGCUGUCCAUGGAGCACCCCGGCGUCCAGGCCUUCCCCCCCGCUGACGGGUACGCGUUCGGUAACACGGCGUACAGGCGAGCGCACCCGCUGGACCAGGACACGGCCGUGGCGGCCUUCAAACAGGCCGUCAGCCGCCAUGUAGAUAGGAACUAUGAAGCUCACGGGCGGACCCAACCAAAGAACUACGCCAAAUCCAAGUACGACUUCGUGGCUCGAAACAACACUGAGCUGUCAGUGGUGAAGGACGAAGUUGUGGAGGUGCUGGACGACAGGAAGCAGUGGUGGAAGGUGAGGAACGCCGGCGGCGACGCCGGGUACGUGCCAAACAACAUCCUGGAGAUCACGCGGUCCGUGGAGCUCAGCCUCGGGCGGGGCGAGCCCGUCUACAGCCACACCAUCCAGCUAAUGAUGCCAAAGAAGGAGUUUGAGUUGUUUAAGCAAUUGCUGGGAGAGUUGAAUGAGAAGCAGCGUUCGGACUACGUCCCCAAACCCACGGGCGGGCCCAUGCCCCCCGCCCCGAUGCCCCCGCCGGCCCCUGCCCCCGCGCCCGCCCCCGUCCGGCUGCCCACCCCGCCCCUGCCCCCGGCCGGCACGCCCCCCUCGGGCGACCCCCGGGCGUCGCCCACCAACGUGAGCCGGCAGAACAGCAGCACCUCCAGCGACGCGGGCAGCGUCACCAUGAGGGACCAGAGGGAGCGCCCCGCGCCCGUCAACCGCAGGAAGUCCAACAUGGAGGAGGUGCACGACGAGCUGCAGCAGAGGCUGACGCUGGGCCGCAGCGCGCAGAAGAAGUUCCAGGCCCCGCCGCGGAACGCCGGGGGGCCGGCCGUCAACAUCAGCUACGACUCCUCCCCCGACGAGGUCAAGGCCUGGCUGCAGGCCAAGGGCUUCAGCGCUGUCACCAUAAACAGCCUGGGGGUCCUGACCGGCGCCCAGCUCUUCUCCCUCAACAAGGACGAGCUGAAGACCGUGUGCCCGGACGACGGGGCCAGGGUGUACAGCCAGGUCACCGUGCAGAAGGCCGCCCUGGAGCGGGCCUCUGGCUCCGAGCUGCAGGAGAUCAUGCGCAGGCGGCAGGAGAAGCUCAGCGCGGUGGCCAGCGACUCGGGGGUGGAGUCCUUCGACGAGGGCAGCGGCCACUGAGUGGUGCGCUGGCCGCUAAACCCCGCCCCCUUUUUUUUUUUCCUGUCGCACUGUGCUUCCAGGACGCCUCUGAGCGGGCCCAGUUCGCCCAGAUCAUGCGCCGGCGCCAGGAGCUCGCCGAGCUGUGACAUCAUCGCGCUGACAGGACGCACUGCCGCUGGAGCUCAAGCCCAAUGCCCACAGGAGAUAAACCUCCCAAUUCACAUUUUGCGUAUAGUUCAAGAAUAUGGUGACAACGGGAAAAAAAAAAAUUAUGAUUGGACCAACAAAACUAAUUUUUUUACAUUUGUCCUGGUCCAAAGGCAUAGCAAAGCUAAAGCAGCAUGCUAUAGAUGUGUAGGCUUCUUUACAUAGUGAAUAUCCAGAGUCCAUUUCAGACUUCAAUGCCUGAAGUUUAUGAAACUAAUCGGUGGUAUUUGUGUGACUGCAGAUACUGUCGGUUCUCCUGUAUCUUCGUCAGUGAAAUGGGCUGUGGAGAGACAGCCUCUCUGUACAGAGCAAUGGAAGCACAAAUGCUCAGAGGAGUCGUUGAAGGAGACGGAAAAACGUUGCUGUAAAGUACUCAAAGUAUUGUGAAUAACUGAUUUUUUUGUUGUUGUUGCAAAGAUAACAAUACAAUAUUUAUACAUUUUAUUUAAUUGUAACGCCAAAAGAAUAGAAGGAAUAACUUAAGACGGAGGGUGGGGGCAUUUUAUUCUGUUUCUUAAUUUUACUUCAAGGACUGUUUUCCUUUUAAUUUGAUUUCUUGAUUCUUGUUUGUUAAUGUAGUUUUUUUUUUUUUAGUGGACAGCUGUGCUGGCUAGUUGGAGCCUGUGGCAGUCUCUGUUACAUGCAGGGGUGCAGUGUAGUUAGCGAUGCUGGCGAGCUAAGAUUAGGAAGCGUUGGCUUCUGCUGUCAGCAGCGUUUUGCGAGACAGCCGCCCGUUGAAUGAAGCUGAUUGUCGAUACGUGCAUGCGCAUUUCAGGCUUACCGAGCAAGGAGGAAAAGUUUCAAAUUACACAUUGAAAUUACUAGCUUUCUCAGCCCAUGUUUUAAUUGACAGCUAAGUCAUUUUAGUGUGAGAAAACAUGACCUUGUAUACAAACACCAGGAGGUGAACACUAUCCCAUUUCCUUUAGUGAUAUAGCCAAAACCAUUGUUAUUUUUAGUCUUCCUUGAGACAUGAAAUGCCUCAGACUACCUAUGGCAUGGAGAUAUUGCUGACCUGACCUUUCUCGAACGGAAAGUAAAGAAGCUCGUAAUUCCCUGUCUUUUAUAACACAGGUCUUUUCUUCAAAUCUCAGUGUCCUUCAUAGUGUAAGAGGGAAUCUCAGCUGUGGUUGAGAGCUUUAUGCGUUUUCUCCUCUCUAGGCCUUGGACUGUGGAGAUGAAGCAUGCUGGGUAAUGCCUCGCGUGCUGAAUCCUAAUAGGUCAAUACUUGGCUCCCUGAGCUUUCGAGCUAAACCCGCUACGCGCUGAUUAGUCGUAUUUGGCGACCAGCCCAGGCGCCGGUGAAUGUAGUAAAGGAGGGGAAGUGCAGGCGUCCCACACAGGGUAUCACCGCGAGACGUUUCUGCCCAAUCGCACGUCUCGCACGCAGCCUGUUGCUACGACGCUGCCGAGAUUGACAUCUCUAAAGCAAAAAAAGGUUCUGCUUCUGGGACCAGUCAUUUUGCGGUUGGACAAUGGUGCCGGGGCCGAAGGCUGCGUGCACUCGACAGCACUGUAAAAGGUUGAACACGCUAACACCAAGGGGGGGACUGUGUUGACACAGGCCGGCAAUGCCACUUAGCAAAGCUAUUCUAAACACUGCUGUAGUUUAGCGACAGCCAAAGGCGGCUGAAGGUUGGGUUCACCCGAGGGAAAGCUGUCGGACAGAGUGUUGUACUGUAAUGUACGCAACCAUCAGAUGGUUAUGGCUGAACUCCCUAAAUAGUGUACAAAUAAAGCACAUAAAAGUGUAUAUUUAUGAAUACAUUCGUGGCUUUGUGCAUCUGCUUUUUCAUAGAGCAAGACGUUUUCGGCUUAUAAAUGUUCGUAGCUUACGCGCAAAAGGUCCGAUCUGAGAAUGAAGCUCUCAUCUCUUUUAUAUAUUUUCUGACACGCAUAAAGAAUGUAGCAAAUUAUUUCUUUUCAUGGAAUUAGAUGGUUUUAUUUUAUGUUUUGAAAACGAUGUGCAAUUGCUGAUUAUUUGUUCUCUGUGUAGGGGGGGUGAAGGGAGAUGCAUUUAGUCGAUUCAUAAUUGUACGUGAAUAGUUUUCAUGGUGCCUUUUUCAUAUGAAUCUGCUGAAAUUCUGCAAUAAACAGUAUUCUAAAAAAAAUGUUUUUGGUUUUACCAUUUAAUUACCAUUCUCCAUCACUGCUGAAAGUUCACAGGUAAGUUUGAGCAUGUGCUUUUUGGUUAUCCUGACCACUGCACCGGGCAUGGAUCUGCUGCUGGACCUGGAGAGUCUAUGGAUCAACAUCCAUCUUAGACCCAGGAAAGGAGGUGAAGUGAGUUAACUGAGUAUAAAUCCUCUGCUUUAUGAAAUAGAGAGAGAGAGAGAGAGAGAGAGAGAGACUACACCCCUACCUUUGUAUUUUUUGCUUUAUUCAGACAGGUAGAAAGCAGAGAGGGUAGCAUAGAGAAGGGUUCACAGCUCAGAAGAUGGCCAUGGCGGGGACGGAACCCCAACCCGAGAGAGGCGGCCGUCCUACAUACUGCGCACCACGUCUCGCCGUAAAACCCACUGCUGUGAUCCAUUAAAUGAUGGGUAAAAAAAAACAACAGAAAGAAACCAGAAGAGUCCUGCAUUAAACAAAGGUGAUUUUCCAAUGGCAAUUCAAACGAUGUUCUUAGUAGGUACUUGCAGUUUGAUUAAAAUGUAUUGUUCACAACUCAGAA